AUGAAGUGUCCAUCACAGACUGAGAUAGACCUAAGUAUGAUUGAAUUCCCUGGGAAACAAAAAGAGAUUGAGACAUGGGAAUUGUGUUUGAAGAUAGGCGUGGUGAUACUGCUAGAACUGAUGGCUUUAAUUGGCAAUGUUCUAGUUAUUAUGAUUGUGCUGCAGUCGAAGAAAAUGCGGACAACGACCAACUUAUAUAUAGUUAACCUCGCCAUAGCAGAUCUCUUCAUGGCGAGUUUUCCUAUGUGGAUAGUUGUCGUUGAUGACGUCACUAAUACGUGGGUACUUGGAGAAUUUCUGUGCAAAUUCAAUGCAUUUUUGCAAGUAACGGCUAUGUGCGCUAGCACUUUUACCCUUCUGGUUAUAGCUGGGGAUCGUUUCUUUGCCAUUAUCUAUCCACUGAAUGCUCGAGUUACUCAACGUAAAGUCAGCGUCAUGGUUAUUGGUAUCUGGUUGUCCGCCAUUGCUGUAGGAUCGGCGCCAUUGUUCACCUACACUUACAAGGAAAGAACAUGGAAGAAUUAUGUGGAGAAGUUUUGUACCGAUGUAUGGCCGACUUAUACCAUUAAGGAGAAGUGUGAUAAUGGUCUGACGUCUAAGAGAGCUUUCUGGACGAUGGUAUCUGUAGUAUUAAACUGGGUACCAAUGAUAGUGAUGACCAUUCUCUAUACCAUCAUUAUACUGAAUUUAAGGUUUAAUAGAGUUGUACCCAGUAGUGGUGAACUCUCGUUAUCUGCUAUACAAAGACGUUCUAAAAGUAAGGUUGUAAAGAUGUUAUUUUCGGUGUUGAUUGUAUUUAUGAUCUGUACAGUUCCAUUUCAAAUAACAAAACUGUAUGAACUUUAUCGUGAAGAACAAUCAGAACGGCUACCAAUGUGGUAUACCCCAUUUUACUUCACCUCGAUAAUCUUAAUGUACACCAACACCGCUGUCAACCCUAUUCUCUAUGGUGGAUUUAACGAGAACUUCCGGAAUGGCUUUAAAGACCUGAUAAAUCGAGUAUUAAGACGUCAGGGAAGCCACGGAAUCAGUCUGAUGAAUGGUACUGGAAGACCGAGACCGAGUAUUGUGGAAGAGCUGAGAAUACGACCUUAUGCUGCUAGUUCAGGACGACGCAUGUCUUCUUUAUACUGUUGACACAACGGAACCUAAAAACAAAAUAUGAUUUGCAUUUAAAUCGCUUUGAUAAGCAGGGAUUGGCACUGCAUGGAGGUAUUUGUCAAAAAUUAAUGAACGGACACAAAAUGGCUGUCCUAGGCAUGACUUUGAUGUUUGUUGAAGAGCGUUGUGAGAAGGGCAAUGUUUGAUUAUUGUUUUGGGACGAUGUUUGCAGACGGGGAUCCGAGGAUCU